AUGGACCAUAUUGCAUUAACCAUGGAACGUCAGGAGCUGGGAGACGUCGUUCCCAAAGACAACAACCACAUUAGAAAGAUCCUGUCACAGCUGGACCAGGACCUGCAGGAGUUUGAAGAGAUGUUUGAGCAGAGAUCUGAGACUCCGUGGCUUUGUGGCAAAUCUCAGAGCGAGGCGGACCUCCCACAGUCCACCUGGUCCACCUGCGAGACACAGACUGAGACCUGGUCCACCUGCGGGACACAGACUGAGAGCUGGUCCACCUGCGGAACACAGACUGAGACCUGGUCCACCUGCGGGACACAGACUGAGACCUGGUCCACCUGCGAAGGUCAGACACAGACUGAGACCUGGUCCACCUGCGAGGGUCAGACACAGACUGAGACCUGGUCCACCUGCGAGGGUCAGACACAGACUGAGACCUGGUCCACCUGCGAGGGUCAGACACAGACUGAGACCUGGUCCACCUGCGAGGGUCAGACACAGACUGAGGACCACAAAGACCUACAUGUCAAAGAGGCAGAGUUAAAGGCAGAGUUGGAGCUAGCAAGAGAAAAGUUAGCGAAGAAGGAGACAGAGCAUCAGGAGGUUUGUGCAAAACUGAUGCAGCUGCAAAGUUUGAAUCACAGUCUGGAGAAAGAUCUGGAACAAGCCAACAACAACUCUCGUAGACAUGAGUCCGAGCGUCAGGAGGCCUGUGAGACACUGAGAGAGCUGCAACUUUUACAUGAGAAAGUAUGUACGGAGCACUUUGAGGAGCUGAAAAGUGUAAAUCAGUGUUUGGAACAGCAGGUCUCUGUUUGCAAAAGUCUAGAGAAACAGAAAAGUGAGAAUGCGAUUCAAAGAGAGAAGAUUGAGACACUCGAUUGCCAACUCCAGGACUUUGAAGAGCUGAAAGAGAAGUACUCUUGGUCCGUUAGUCAGAAUCAAAGUCUGGAGAGAGAGUUUAAGGAGCACCAGGAGGAGCUGAAAAUGGUAAAUCAGUGUUUGGAAGAGCAGGUCUCCGUUUGCAAAACUCUGGAGGAACAGAUGAAGGAGAAUUCGAUCCAAAACAAGAGGAUUGAGAUUCUAGAACAUCAGCUCCAGGAGUUUGAAGCGUUGAAAGAGGAGUUUUCUUGGUCUGUUAAACAGAAUCAGAGUCUGGAGAAAGAGUUGGAACGAACCAAAGAAAUCUCAUGUAAACAUGAACCAGAACGUAAAGAGGCUUGUGAGAUUAAUGAGACUGCAAAUCAAUGCAAGAAGAUUGAGAUGCUAGAACGCCAACUCCAGGAGUUUGAGCAGAUCAAAGAGGAGUAUUCUUGGUCUGUCCGACAGAACCAAAGUCUGGGGAGAGAGUUGGAACAAGCCAAAGAAACCUCACGGAAACAUGAGGCUGAACUUCAGGAGGCUUGUGAGAAGUUGGUAGGACUAAAACUGUCACAGAAGAAGGUGCUUGAGGAGUACCUCGAGGGGUUAAGAGUUUUCAAGAAGAUGUUUAAGGAGCAGGACGAAGUUCGCAAACAGUUGGAGCAACAAAUUAGCGAGAAGGACCUCCAGGAGAAGCCGUGUAUGUGUCAAACUGUAGCUAGCACAGAGACGCUAAUAGAUUUACAAGACGUGAGAGAGAACUCUACGUCCAAUGUCCAAACAAUAAGGACCUUUUUGGAGGAACCGCAGACGAGUGCAGACGGGCCCAGACCUCAGAGUUAG